CAGCUUAUUCAGCAUAAAUCCUGCACUCAUUUGAUAUCGGGAGAAUGAAAAUUUCUUGAGUUUUUUUAUCCACUCACAAUGAAUUGGAGCUCCAUUGGUUUCUAAAUCAAGUAAUUACCUACGAGACACAUCGAAAUAUUAUUAACAAGAAUCAAUCAUAAACAUGGAGAAACAAAAGUCUAGACAGAGAAAGAAAAAAGACCGCACAAGAUCAGCAGCUUUGGAGCGUAACAUUCCAGACGCUCCAACACUGGAAGAAUUUGAAUGCCUAUUAGGUGAAUCACCCACAAAUUAUCCAAGAGGUGAGGGGAUUGAGAAUAUGGAGAGCGAGUUACACUCAGCAGCUAUUGAUACAGAAGUUUAUGAGAAAGUUUGUGAGAAAGUUAGCAAGAAGGAAUACACUGAAAUUAUUGUUGACACAACAGCGAAAGAACUAAGAAGUCCAUCUCCAGUACUAGAAAGUCAUUCAAUCGAGGAGGUAGAUACUACAGUACCAGUAUCUACAGCCACUGCUCCAGCUGAAGAAGAUUUGGAACCAGUGUUAGAACAAACAGUUAUGUAUCCUGCUUUAAUGCAUCUUGAAUCUAUGCCAAGUGCUCCAGUUAUGGAAGAAAUCCCUCACACUAUAACUGUUCCUGUAAUGCCAUCUCAGUCAAUGAUGAGACCAGAAUUCAAAGAGCGUUUUGUUAAACCAGUAGAAUAUUCCCCAGAAAAAACCACAAAUGUCGCUCAAAAGGCAGUUAAACCAUUCACAGAAGCUCAACUAGCUGCACUGUACAACAAUCAAGAGUUAAAUAUGAUUGAAGCUUUUGUCAAUGAAUUUGUUGAAUUCCAAUUAAGGAAUCAUGCUGUUAGACAGCAGCACAAACUUUAUGAACUACUCAUGAAUUAUUUACGUGUCAGGAAUCAUUUGAUUGUUAAUUCUCACGAGCUAGAAAGUUUAAAGAAAGCUUGCAAAGAAACACAGAAACAGUUAUGGUGUCUUGGUAAAGCUUCUGUCACAGAGUCAGGUGAAUGUCAAGACGGCAAUCCAGUGAGUGCAACGCACGAAUACUCAAUCGCUCAUUUUAACCAGCAGACUUUGAUUGCCAUGACUCGCAAUUUAUCAGCGAUUAAGGAAUCUCUGCACAAUGUGCAAGCACUCUAUUGUUACGAAGCCGAGACUUUGCGGCUACAGAUUGAUCACUAUGUGCAACGCGUCUGCAUAUCAUGCAAAGAAUUCGCUAAUCUACCCGCCAAUGCUCCUGUUAUUCUUACAGCACAUCAACCUGCUUCGCAUGCUAUGCCACAAUUGGUCGAGCUUAGGAUGUGCAUUACGAUAUUGUUCAAUUUUCAACGAAGAGUUUUAAAAGAUGACAAAUUUGUCGGAGAUACGAGAGAUUGGUUGUCGAAGCUUGUUGCAGUUUUACUGAGAGUGGCAACAUGGCAGGACCAUCUGUUCCUCUUGAGUCACAUCCUACGUUGCCCCGGAGGAGUAGCAACUUGGGCACGCGGCUACGUUCAAGUGCCAGUACCUGUUCGAACGAGCAUCAAAACAGUCUCGACUUCACCGCUGAACGAUCCGCAUUUAGACCACAUCGUUGCCACCCUGGCUGUGAUCCUUAUGCCAGUAAAAGAACGCGAAAAGUUCCUUGAACAAGUGCAAAUAGCAUUGCAAGAUACCGGGGCGAACGAGAACGAUACGGUGUGGGUGAUGCUGGACGAAGAGGGAGAAGAAGACGAAGAUAUCGCCAACAUAGGAGCUAAUCUAUCCGAGAGUGACUUGAUAUCGUUGCUACAUCAAAUCCCGCUGGACAAACUCUUCGAGCAAGUACUCUACAUCGAACACGAUAAUAAUGAAGAUUACAGACAGGAUCGCACUUCUAUCACCGAACAUCAUAUGUUAAGGAUCUUUGCUUUUUCAACGGUCAUUGUAAGAUUGCUGAAGAAGGGACUCAAGACCUACGACUCGCCUAGAUAUCGCCAAUUGGCCAAAAGACUCAGUGCGCUUAUUAGAGAUGUUGUGCAGUAUGCCAGUGACUUGUGGGAGUCAUUUGAUAAAACACAGAUACCCGAUUCUUCAAUGCUGACAAGGCUUCAAACGGAGUACGAUUGUUUUUUUUUACGAGCUACUCUGUGCAUCUUUUCAUCGCGUCGACUUGGCGCUUGGCAAUACUUAGCUGCAAUACCUUAUCGCAUUGUUUCGCUUUCUACUCUCUGGCAGAUUUUUUAUAUUCUACACACUGAUUCUUCACCGAGUGAUUUGAUUAAUCCUGAUACUGUGACGGAAUUUUCAGAAUGGGAAAUGGAGUUAAACUCACCCAUCCUGCGUAAACAGUUUGAAGAAAAGCUUAGCAAUUUGCCUGGUGACGAAUCGUAUUUUUUGUUGACGACCUUUGCCAAUAUGUCUAUGGCAAGAAAUACUCAAGACUACGAGUUUGUUCGAGCAACAACUAUUGAUUUGUUUCAAAUUGGAUUUCUUAGUUCAAAGACUCAAGAUACUUGUUCGAAAGAUGCAAGAUCACUUUUAUCGAAUAUUACAAGUAAAUAUCCUUCGUUACUCUCAGAUAUUAUUACAAAGCUCAAGGAUAAUUUUGUGUCUGUUGGAAAGUUAAGUUUAUAUCUUUUCACCGAACUAAGCAUCAAUCGUUGGAUCCCAAAAGAUGAAGAUUUCAAAAUUCUCUCAGUCUGGCUGCAUCAAUUCCCGCUUCCUUCAACUGAAAGUCACUUGGCGCGCCUCAUUAUAUCACAUCUAAAUUGGGGCUUCGAUACUUUCGAGAAUUUAUAUCUUCCUCUCGAUCUCCAUCGUCGUGUUGCGUUGCUCAUCGUAGAUCUUGCAAUGAAGUACGUGCCCGAGAACACUCCAGCACAAUCUGCCUCUUUAAUUUCGGAAGGAGUGAAGCAAGUAUCUUCGAUAGUUCGACCACAAAGCAACGAACAAGCUUUCGCAGUUUGGGCUUGGGAUACUCUGACUCGUUUGCGACUUCAUCAGUUAGAGCAGUCGGAAGCUGCGUGUCAGUACGCGGUUUCAAACCCUAGUCAAGCAUUUGCUUGUGUACCAGAUCUCGAUUCGGAUGCUACUCUUGAGAUACUGCACAAUGGCUUGAGAGAUAAACAACCGAUUGCUAGUUACGCUGCCGCAAGAAUGACAUUGUAUGGACAUUCAGUGCCUUUAGUGUGCUCCAAGGGAUUCGAAUUACUCCAAGUGAUGCAAUCGUAUUACAAAUAUGAGCAUGUUAUAAUAGCCUUAAGUGAUUUGGUUCCCUUGUUUUUGGAAUGUCCUGAAUCUUUGCUGAAAAAUGAAAAAUUCAUGGGAUUGAUCGUUGGACUUGUACAAGCUGAUAGAACAUACAUGAAAAUGGCCAAAAAUUUGAUAUCACCAGAUUUUCCGGGACCAAUACUCAAGAUUUUCGCUAAUAUGAUUGAGUAUCAACUGCAAAAUUCUAGAAGAUUUUGCCUGCAGUCUCCUGAUCCAUUGGUAAAACUAUGGCUAAAUAUUUUAGUUCUUAUCCCAGGCUGGAAUCGAGACCAAAGUAUUAUGUAUUUAAUGGAUACUUUAAUUCGAGCGUCAUUUUUUCAUUUGGGAGCAAGAGCAGUUACUGAAUUCAUUUUCCAAAAUCUCUUCUCGCUUGCUUCGGUGGGAAGUAGCGAGAAUAUAGCGGCAAAUAAAAGCAAUAGUUCAGGAUUCGGUUCGUUCCUCAGCUGGGCAACUGGAACUUCUCAAUCUUCGAGUCUUCUCGGUGGUUCGAUCCAGUCUAUUUGGGUAGCAUAUCAGAUUUUGCGCACCGAGCAACAAGAGCGCGAAAUUAAAACUGGCCUUUGGCGUGAAUUAUUAAGAGAGCUUGGACAGCAAACGAAAACCUCUCUCGAUUCAGCUUUAAAAAAAGCGUGCGCAACGGUGAAAAUGCAGCCAUUCAGUUCUAAUAAUUUGGCGAUUUAUCGUUGGUCACAACAAGCUCUAGAUACACCGAUGGAUCAUCCAUUGUUGCCGCUACUCUGGCAAAACUUUUUCAAUUUAUACUUGUCUCGAGUACCCAGUCUGACUGGUACGGUAGAUAAAGGUGGAGUCGGAGAAAAAUUUUUCGAGGGCAUGGUAAAUUUGAGCUAUUUGAAAAAGUUAAAAAAACGAUUACUGGAUACGACAGAAUAUUUUCAAACAAAGGCCGAAAAGGACGUUGACGAUGGGAAACCGAUAUCUGACGAGCGACGAGUUUUUUAUCUGAACACUGCCAAAUAUUAUAAGACUUUGAGUUUGUGGUUAGAAGAGCCUCGUCUACAAGAGUCUGGAGUCUAUCUUCCAGCUUUGCCACCGCAAUACAUGUCUCAAAAGUUAAUUUUAACCAUGCAAAAUGAUACGAAUCCAUGGUUAGAGUAUGUAGAUUACUGGUCGGUGCAGCGUAGUCAGUUACAGUCACUGCAAGAAUGGCAACGUUGUUGUCACCGUGAGACCAACGAUGUUGCUAUCAAACCACCAAGUCAGACACCAACAACGCCUUUAGAACCGUCAGAUCCACUACAAAGAAUCUUUCGUAGGCUAAAUACUUAUGAACAGCCAGUGUCACCGCCUACAUUGACGAGAAUUGCGCCUAUUGUGUUUCACGUGCCGAAGAAUAGUCUUUAUGAUCCUGAUGCGGUUGUCGAGCUUAUCAAGCCCCAUCUGAAGGUGAUCCUCGACUACGCGCAAACAUUUAACCUGUUAGUCUCUGAACACACUGCCGUCGAUUGCAACUUCCUCGAGCUUGUACCAACUCUUUAUAAAGAUGUAGAAAGUCAAGUAACGCUGCAUGCUCUGUGUGAUCCUGCGCCAUCUGGUCACCGGCGCUCGCGUUCGGGAACACCACCAAUUGUACACUGUGCUGGUCCUGCUAUUAUAAGAAUAAAAAUUUCGGAGGCACGCGUGAAUAAUGGGAUCGAUCAAUUGAUAAGCCAAAACAGAGCGGAAUACGAAAAUCUGUUGGUGAAAGCCAGUCAACCACCGCCUAGUAAAGUCACUCAAGGCUGUGUAUUUGCCGAUCAUUUGAUUGCUCUUUUGGAGCAUGAACUCAACGUUAAUCGUACAACGGAGAACACGGCAGUUCUUCGCAAAGUUCAAGAGUCCGGCGUGAAACUGUUCUACCACAUGGUGCAAUUCUAUACCGAUGAGGCUGCUCUCUGUCCGCCCACAAAGCAACUUAUCACAACAUGCGUUGAAAAACUCGGACAGUUGUUCAUAAGCGGCGAGGAAAGCCAAGGUCCUCGCUUACUCAAUACAAUCAUGGACCGGCCUACUCUUGGCGGUCUUCUUGGACCACACUUCACACCUGUAGCAGGAGGUGCUUCAACGUUUUUACAAAUGUAUCAGACUGUUGUGGACUUAUCUACCGGCAAUAACGUUGACUUGUGCUUUGUUUUACUCACCAAGUUCGACGUAGGCAGCUGGCUCAACUACCGUCGUCCUCGACUAAGCGAGCGUUCCACCUUCAUUGACCUGAUAAUGCGCGCACUUUGCAAUAUGGGUCUACAACCAGAAGAUGAUCGUUUGAUUCUUCAUGAGCUGUUCCGUAAUCACUUGCGUCUAGUAUUACUUCAUGAGUUUCCCGAGCACUACGGCGAAGUGUUGAGCGCAAUAUUACGUGGUAGUGAGAGUCAAAGUUUAGCAAUGGACGUUUGGCGUGAUCUACUCGGUGCCUUGAGCGGUAGACCGAGGAAUGCGCCGCCACCGCUACAUAAUGGAAAAGUUAAAGAGGAAAUUAGGCGGUAUGCCACAGAACAGAGAUUACUAUCGAGACAAGAGAUUCACGACACAGCAGUACUGUUAAGCAAGCACUUUAUGAACGAGAGAUUACAAUAUGGUCUUUACGGAUUGUAUCCUAAGUAUAGGAUUUAUAACGAACCACUUACUAUGUUUCUCGGUAUGGUUGGACAUGCCCUUGUCGUGAUGACUCUGCAAUCUGACCGAGGUACAUUAUCCGAUCAACUGUGUGAAAAAAUUUGGCCUGUACUGAGUGACAUGUUUGCUCCAUGGAUAACUCCAUAUUGGACUCGAAAUCUUCGUGAGCCUACUGCAGCUUGGAUUCAACAACUUACCGAUGAUCGUUCUGUUCUUUUGCCAUGGAUCAUCACUGAUGGCCCAUAUGCCAAUCGAACGGUGUCGAUGUUUGUCGAAUGUAUUCGUUUUAUUCUGGACACGAUGCCAGCAUCGAGCAAGGUUAUGUGUUUCCUCUGGCAAUUUUACGUUAUGAACUACACUCAUGCUUCGAUCAAGGAUCACGUCUUGAACGUAGUGCACGGCAAUUUCUUGUCGUUACCGUGGGACAAAUUCACACCGAGUGUUGCUGAUGUCGAGUUUAUGGUGAAGGUAAUUGACCAAUAUCUUCCAGACAGUCAUCUCUUCCUCGGCACUAUAUUCAUCAGCGUCAACUGGUCGCAAUGGAUGUCGGAGUUCAUGUGUGCACAGCCAUUACCAAUCAUCGGGCGCAUUCAUAUUUGCCUGCUGAAUCUACUUGUCAAGCUUUCGAACGAGCCUAACGUUAGACAAAACGAACGGGCAUUGAAGCUCAUGCAAGACGCCGAAAAAUUCGCUUGGCAUUUGGUCGACGCAACAGCCUACGAUCAAGUGAUCAAUUGGCACGUAAUGAGUUGCGAUCCGAGAAUCGUGCUGAUGCUUAAUAACGAGCAGAUUCAUGCUUUGGAUAUAGCUGUUAAUAAUUUAUUGAAGGUAGUGGCAGCUUACGAUCCUACGGUAACGCACUUUCAUCCGACAACUUUAAAGAAGCGUCAGAUGUAUGUGAGGUCAUCCGUGAAAUUAUUAGUGAACUGCACUACAAGAUAUAAGUCUCUCGUUUCAACGAAUAUCAAAGCCUUCACGACUGCACUGUCGAGAAUGCUGGACGACAUGGAGUCAAUAAUCACAAACACCGUUUCAGAACCACAACAAGUAGUUGAAGCAGGCCUCCUUGUCACGGAGCUACUACAUUCGGUAAACCAGAGUAACGUCCUCGUUGAACAAUUGCGCACGAGUUGGGCCAACUGGUUGUUACAACGUUCAGCAACGAGUCCAAUACUUUUGGGUAUUCUACGAGUAAUUGGUAUAGCUAUUGCCUCGCCUUCGACACUCGGCGAAAUUAUGGAGGCUGCACUCGAUGCCUAUUUUAAGCAUAACGUGGUGGAAGAAGUGCGACCAACGUGGGCAGCAGUACUGACAGUAUUGCAACCGGUAGUCCCACGUCAACCACCUGUCGAAGGUGUCCUCGUCGCCGAGGGACGAAUACUCGCUCUCUAUGCUAUCUUUCUUAAGCGACUACCUUCGUGUCGCGACAUCCGCGAGGAAGGAAUGCUCCUCACGAAUCUCAUCGAUUGGAUCACUGCCAUUAAGCCUACAGAAGCAAUUGAAGAAAAACUGCCGUUAUUAUGGGCGAAGGCGCUCGAGCUUAUUUACCGCCAGUGCCAGUACAGUGAGAAUACAGUGAUAGCUGCUAGAGCUUUAAAGGGUUUGGCGCGGGCUUUGAUGGCCGUCGCCGAUGACGCGGGUCAGGGCUGGAAUAUCCUCGGUGCUAUUGGGCUCAGGAAAGGCUCUCAAUUAUCUACGAAGUGCAAGUUUUUGAGCCGCGCCCUAGCAGUCUACUGCCUAGCCCAGUUACCUGAACCAAAGCGUUCGUCUGAUGACACGGCGCAGCCACAAGUAGUGCGUUUCACUCCACAUGCGCCAGGAGUAGCACCACCAUUGGAACAGCAGCAGUCGGCCGAAAUACGCCCGAAUGCCGAGGCAGUACGCGCGAUGCAGACUCUCGAAGCAUUAUUAUUGAACAAGCAAUACGCCGAAUUGAAAGGUGACGUGGAGUUGUCGAUCAAAAUGAUUCGCGAUUCGGCCAAUUCGUUGCACAACGCCCUCGAGGUCUGCGGGGCUCUCGUCGCCGAGAUCUACAGCCAAAGGUACUUGCAUGUGAUCGCUGAGUGAGAUCGGCUGCCGGGCUCGUCCCAACACGAUCGCAUUAGCUUUAAUUUCGAGCACUUUGCUGAUAAUUCUGCGCUCGUCAAACCGACAUCUCUCACGGAUUAGCUUUAACGUGUACUUGACGACUCGAUUAUUGUAGAGAUUUCGGUUAUAACCUGGUAAAAGGGGCAAGAAGAUUUACUACUAUUUAAAGUUUUUCUUUCGGAGAUUCCAUAUUAUAAUUUUGUACUUUGAUUUGUACUUCGAAAAAUUUAUGACUUUAUUAUUAUAUCCACGCUGGAAUGACGUUAUUCAAGGUAAGGCGUUUGCUAUCAAUAUAUCAACGCAUUGAAAUAAUAGAAGAGAUUAUGAUUUAGUGUCGAUAAAAUCAGUCGGCAUUACAAUGGAUUUCGGUAAACCUUCGAAUCUAGUCACCAAAUUAACCCAUCCUUAUAUCUAGAUAGUGUAAUAAUGUUUAGUAUCACUACCAAAGUCGGCAGGUGAUUUAAAAACCAUUGUUUUUUUGUGUUCGUCAAAAUUAUUACGAAUAUGUAAUUAUUCAUGAUAAAGUUUUUUAUAUUUUUUUCAUUAGCUGUAUGUUUUUAAUAUAGAAAGAUCGCUUACUUCGACUAUACGCAGAAAUAAGACCGGCGAUUAAAGGGCUAGUACGGUUUCUUUACUCGAUUUACACGGCGACGAAACAAAUUUUAACAUAUUAUAAAAAAAGAUAGACUUUAGAAGAAUAACAUACAUAAUAUUAAAGUUUAAGUCGAUUUGCUUCGAGCCUUAUUAGAUAGACUGACUGCGCUGAUUGCUCGAUUUGUUCGAAAUGUAAAAGGCUGUGUCAGAUAGUUUUGUUGUUUAUUUUACAAAAUAAUAUAAGCACGCCUAUUGCAGAUUAUAAACGAUGUAUAAGUACCAGAGUGAUUAUUACAGAAAUGAUAUCGUUUUCUGUAUUUAUUACAUAAAUA